AUAGUUUCAAACGUCAGACCUCAGUUUGACUCCAGCUGUGGUGCGGGAAGGUCAUAAAUAGUUCAGGUGCGGUGAUAGCUCUGAUUUUAUCACGUAUAAUCACGUUGUGUUCAAGUUAGCGGACGUUCUCAUUCUAAAGUGUCAGGACUUCUCCAUAGAUAUUUGGAUAACGUGUACACUGGAGGAAUUCAGAUGAAAUGGUAAUAGUGUCUCCAUCAGACAUUAUAGUGCAAGAGGGAAAAGACAGCACUAUGAAUACCACGUGUGCAAUUGGUCCCAGACAUAACUUGUUUGGAGGAGGCAUUGUUUCGUCUAUAGACAGUUGGCAUCAAAUCAACCGCGGCGACUCAGUCUCCAUCAAACAGGAGUCGAGUCCGCACAGUCAGGACUCCGAGUCCGGGGGCGGCAGUCCCUACAGCAGCGGCUACUACGCAUCUUAUGAAGACAAGGCGGUCGACGAGUCCAACAACAACCAGACUCCAAGUCAGCUGAGUCAGACUCCCAAUCAGCUGAGCCAGACUCCCAAUCAGCUGAGUCAGACUCCGAACCAGACUCAGAGUCAGGGAGUCAGGACUCCCGAGGUCGCAACAGCGGAAGAUAGCGGUAGUUCGGUUGCUAAGGGACUCUGUACGGUUGCUAAGGACGCCGAACGCCAGCCAUCGGGUGACGCCGAGAAUCACAGUGAUGCUUUGCUGAGACUGCAGCUUGCCCUUCAGAGGGCCGCGGCAGAAAGGCCCCUUCAGCAGAUACAGUGUCCGUUCUGUCCUUACAUCACUGCUACAAGGCCGAACCUGGAGCUGCAUGUGCAGCAAUCUCACGAAGAUCAGCGUUCAUGCAGCUUCUGUGAUUUCACAGCUGAUAGCAGUGUCAAGCUGCUGGAGCAUGUGAGGGAGUCACACGCUACGCAUGCGCAGUUCAACAUCAGCGAUGGUGACGUCAGAGAUGAUGAGGACGAGCCUGGCUUGACUGUGCCCAAGAUUAAUUCGCAGGGAAAGGUGAAAACGUUCCGCUGCAAACAGUGUGACUUCAGCGCAGUCACCAAACUGGAGUUCUGGGACCACACCCGCGGUCACAUCAAGUCGGAACGCCUGCUGACCUGUCCGAGGUGUCCGUUCGUCACCGAGUACAAGCACCACCUCGAGUACCAUCUCAGAAACCAUUUUGGUUCCAAACCCUUCAAGUGCGACAAAUGCCAGUACAGUUGUGUCAACAAAUCCAUGCUAAAUUCCCACCUCAAGAGCCACAGCAAUAUCUACCAGUUCAGUUGCGCAGACUGCAACUACGCCACAAAGUACUGCCACAGUCUCAAACUGCACCUCAGGAAAUACGACCACAAACCCGCCAUGGUUCUCAACCCUGAUGGUUCCCCAAACCCUCUGCCCAUCAUCGAUGUCUAUGGAACCCGUCGCGGACCCAAGAUGAAGAACACAAGGAACAUCGACCAUGACCAGAACUCCCAACCCCGAACAUCCCCUCAACAUACCUCCACUGAGACACAGCCCCAACAACUCCAACCCCAACAGCAACAACCCAGCCUGUUACAUCCGUUUUUUGCAUCUGCCUAUGGUCUGCCCUACUACAAUCCUCUGUUGCAUCCGCUUAUGUAUCAAGCGGGCAAUGCCGUUGCAAAUCAUGAUACGGGACUGGUGAGCUCCGUUGCAAAUCAUGAUACGGGACUGGUGAGCUCCCUUGCUGGAAUCAGCGAGCAGCAACAACAACAACAACAGGAAAAGGCCAACUUCUACUUCAACAACAACAACAUCAUCAAGGAUUUGGAGGCCAGGGAGGAUGCCAACAGGCGGUUUUCACCAAACAUGCAGAUGACUGAAACCACCUCUGACCAGAGAUCUCACAUUGAGGACACAUCACGUGCACUGGAUCUGAGCUGCUGGGAUGCCUCCCAAUCCCAGGAGGAUGAAGACCAGAGUACCAGCAACAGUUCCCCACCUCCCAGGAUUGCCCCUCCGGUCACCCAGGAGCGCAGACGUAAGGGCAAGGCAUACAAGCUGGACACACUGCGUCAAGAACGUACGCUGUCAGAGGACGACGAUGACGUCAUUGACUCCAGACGUCGCCGCCAUUUUGAUGGUCACUCCGAUGACGUCAUCGAUUCCAAACGCCGCCAUCUCGACGCAGACUCUGAUGACGGAGAACUGCCGUUGAAAUGUGUCCUAGUCGAAGAGGAGACCUCAUCCUCCCCGGAAUCAUCCAACCGGAUGUCGUCGAAAAAGGCGGGACUUCCGCCAUCAUCCACUUCCGGUCCAGAAGCGUACAACUGCAACUACUGUGACAUCACCUUCAGGGAUGUGGUCAUGUACACCAUGCACAUGGGUUACCAUGGUUACGGCAAUCCUUACACGUGCAACAUGUGUGGAGAGACCACCACUGACCGGGUCUCCUUCUUUCUGCACAUUGCCAGAACUCCGCAUUCGUAACCGGCUCCACGACGACCAAAUAUUAGCAAUAACUGGAAAUGGGAAAUUAAUUAUGGUGGUGGGUUCUCUUGCAUUACAUAGAUGUUUUAUUUAUACUGUUUUAUCAAACAUAAAUGUUGAGGAGAAGUGAUCUUGGUGGAAACAUGAAUAGAGAAGAAAUGUUGUUGAAUUACACAAUGUUGAAGUGAAGUGAUCUUGAAGGAAACAUAAAUGGUGAAGAAUGUUCUUGAAUGACAAAAUAUUGGCGAGAAGUUAUCUUGAAGGAACAUGAAUAAAGAAGGAAUAUUGUUGAAUAUUGUUGAGGGGAAGUGAUCUUGGAGGAGACAAAUCUUGUUUUAAGAAGAUUUUGCUUGUGAGAGAAAUGGAAACUAACCAAGAUGUUAGAAAGUGUUGUUGAAGGAUGGAUCCAAUGUUCCAAAUUUUUUAUCAAAUGUUGGAUAUAGAUAUGAAUUUUGAGAAGUGAUCUUGAGAAACCAUGGUGAGAGGAUAUCUCUCCCGUGAGAGAAAUGAAUACAAAUCUUAGAUUUGUGUGUUCAGAUGCUAUCAUAGCACUUUGCUACGAUGAGACGCACUUUAUUGAAGCGUCUCUACAGAUAAUGUAAGUGUUACUUAAUGCAAACCAGAAUCUCUGCAUGUUUGUUGUCUAAAUAGUAUAAAUCAAUAGUUUUAUAAUACACUUCACACAAUAACAAUUUAUUUUCAUAAGCUCACAGUUCUUAACUGCAACACCAAUGUCUAAAAUUUAUUUCUCGUAAAAAACAAAAUGGAAACUCCAGAAAUAGAUUCUCCCCAACUUUGUAACUUCAAAUCAUCAACCUAUUAUGUUCUUAUAUAAUUAAUUUACUUUUCCGAUCUUCACUAUUUAUAAAGUAUUCAAGAAAAGUAGGUAUGUAUGAAAGAGGGAAAACUACGGAUGAAAGAGUGAAAGAGAAUUUGUAAGAAUGGGCAAUUUAAGAGCUCUACGUUAGUGUGCCAAAGAUAAAUUAAUAAAUUUAUUGGAAAAUAGAUAAGGAUAAAUGUAUUCCUGAUAUUCCAUCUUCGAAUUGAAGAGACUGAGACAGUGAAUAUCUUAUUGAGUACUCUAUAUAUUUUUUAUUUUUAUAAAAUUGAACAAUUUGAUUUAAGAGUGAUCGUUAGAUUGAUUAGUUUUAAGGUGUUUGACAUGCUAAAUUGUGGCAACUGAAAAAUACACUUGGUGGUAGGACAAAAUAUUUUCUAUAAGGAAAAUCCAACACUUUAUUUCCAUAUAAGCAUGGCACAGUAUUAAAAUAUUGUUUGUUAUAAUUGCAAUUACUCUAUUAUCUUGAACAAGAAUUUGAACACAUAGCUGAUUAUGUGUAUGUUAUUCUGAACAAAUAAUGACAGUUAAUUGGAUUCAAUCUUGUAACUUAUUUACUUGUGAUUGGAAGUAAAUAUGUUUCUUGUAUACAGUGAUCUCAAUCGUUUGAAAGUUUGACAAAUCUGAAAAUGUUUGUGGUCGAUAAUAUCAAUGAUAUUCAGCAGCGAAAUUCAAUAUCAUCUUUUAUUUUAUUGAUUAAAACUACAGUAGCUGUUCUAUUGAAACUUUAUAACGACUCGUUAAAGAGUACUGUGGAUACUUUAAGAACUGAGGAACUGUUAAAAAUAAGUUCAAAAGAUAGAAUAACCUCAGCAUCUGUAAACCGUUAAGGCGUUCAACAUUCAACUUAAUUUAAACUUUCAUUUUAACAAAUUUUAACUCAGUGGAAUAUGCAAAAGUAAUUUAGUUUUAAUGAUCAUUAAAAUUUUAUUCUCAAAGAAUAUUUUAUUUAUAAACAACCACUAAAUUUUAACUUAUGAUAUAUUAUUAAAUCUGUAAGAUGAUUGAAAAUUUCCAGUUAAUAUUCAAUCGCUUCAAAAAAUUGACAGAUUAUUAUAACAUUUUUUAAAAAAAAUUAUGAUUAUUUGUAAUAUUGAUAAACCCUCAAUUGGUUGCAAUAAAAUAACUGUAGAAUUCCUAUGUACAAGUCUGUUGGAGAGAAAAUAAAUUAAACUAAUGUAAAUUAUUCUUCCUUCUUACAUGAAAAAGUGUAUGUGGAUUAAUAUGUAUUCUAAAGAAUCUAUUUGAUAAUUUUGUAAGUUUCUAUUUCUAUAUCUAAUCUAAUAAAAGCUAGUCUACAGCGGUGUGAAACCGUUGAAAUUAUUCUAAAAAAUAAGUAAAAAUUCUGUAAAUAGACAUAGUAAAUUAUUAUCUUGUAUUAUUCCAUUUUAUUUGACAGAUUUUUAUAGAUAUCUUGAGUUUUCUAUCGUUUUCACAGAACAUCGUUUUCAGAGCAGAAUGUAUGGGAAAAGAAACUAUGAAUUAUUUUGAAUAUCUAGAAUAUGAUUGUGAGCAUGUAAUUCAUUGAAAUUAUCUCUUAGCGAGGUAUAAGUACUUUGUGAUAAAUUGAAGAAGAUUUCAUUAUUGAUUUUUUCAACUAAAUGUAUAAGAAAAUUAUCACCAGUGGCAAAAAAAAUAAAUGCAAUGUGGUUAAA